AUGGUCUUCUACUCACUAAUUUUUUUGCGUUCCUUGCUGCAUUCUCAAAGUCUCCAUCCCUUUCUCUCUCUCCUUACAAAAACAAAAAAAGAUGGACAAAAGUGCAACUGUCUUGUUUGUAAUUUUUUCCCCAGGGAAGAAAACUCAUCUCCUUCCUUGGGGAAAGAUAGAGCAGACACAGUGAUCAUCGGUGGUGGUUGCGUUGGUGUGAGUCUAGCCUAUCACUUGUCUAAAGCUGGCAUGAAAAAUGUCGUUCUGCUGGAAAAAUCUGAGCUCACUGCAGGAUCUACUUGGCAUGCAGCUGGUUUAACUACUUACUUUCAUCCUGGAAUAAAUCUGAAGAAAAUCCAUUCUUACAGCAUCAAACUGUAUGAAAGGCUGGAAGAAGAGACUGGACAGGUCGUGGGGUUUCAUCAGCCUGGCAGCAUCAGAAUUGCUUCAACCCCCACUAGGGUAGAUGAAUUCAAAUACCAAAUGACUCGUGCUGGUUGGCACCCAACAGAACAAUACUUAAUCACUCCUGAGAAAGUACAAGAGUUGUUUCCCUUAUUGAACAUGGAUACGGUUUUAGCUGGCCUGUAUAACCCUGGAGAUGGUCAUAUUGAUCCCUACUCUCUUACUAUGGCCUUGGCUGCAGGAGCCAGAAAAUACGGUGCUCAGUUAAAUUACCCAGUCCAAGUGACUAAUCUGAACUGCCGAUCAGAUGGGACAUGGGAAGUUGAAACUCCACUUGGAGUAAUUCAAACAAAAAGAGUUGUUAACGCUGCAGGCUUCUGGGCCCGUGAAAUAGGCAAGAUGAUUGGUCUGCAGCACCCGCUCAUACCAGUUCAUCACCAGUAUAUUGUGACAUCAAGUAUCCCUGAAGUGAAAGCCCUGAAAAGAGAAUUGCCUGUGAUUCGUGACUUAGAAGGAUCAUAUUAUCUAAGGCAAGAAAGGGAUGGACUUUUAUUUGGUCCGUAUGAAAGACAGGAGAAGAUGAAGCUACAGGACUCAUGGGUAACAAAUGGAGUCCCACCUGGUUUUGGAAAAGAACUUUUUGAGUCUGAUUUAGACAGAAUAAUGGAGCAUGUUGAGGCUGCUAUGGAAAUGGUACCUGUUCUGAAACAAGCAGACAUCAUAAACACAGUUGCGGGUCCUAUCACCUAUUCUCCAGACAUUCUUCCUAUGGUGGGACCACAUCAGGGUGUCAGAAAUUACUGGGUAGCAAUUGGUUUUGGGUAUGGCAUUAUACAUGCUGGAGGCAUAGGAAAGUACCUCAGUGACUGGAUCCUUGAGGGGGAGCCUCCAUUUGACUUGAUAGAAUUAGAUCCAAAUCGCUAUGGAAAGUGGGCUACCACAGAAUAUACAGCGGCCAAAGCAAGAGAAUCUUACGGAUUUAAUAACAUUGUUGGUUAUCCUAAAGAAGAAAGAUUUGCUGGAAGACCAACAGAAAGAGUCAGUGGGCUUUAUGAUUUACUGAAGUCAAAAUGUUCAAUGGGCUUUCAUGCAGGAUGGGAACAACCUCAUUGGUUCUACAAACCUGGAGAUGAGACUGGAUACAAGCCCAGUUUUCGGCGCACAAACUGGUUUGACCCUGUGGGUCGUGAGUAUAAGCAGGUUAUGGAGAAAGUCGGUGUGAUUGACCUGUCACCAUUUGGCAAGUUUAAAGUAAAAGGCACUGAUUCUGUUAAACUGGUGGAUCAUCUGUUUGCAAAUGUUAUUCCAAAGGUGGGUUCUACAAAUAUAAGUCAUAUGUUAACACCAAGAGGAAAAGUUUAUGCUGAGCUAACAGUCUCUCAGUUGUAUCCCGGAGAAUUUAUGCUUGUGACUGGCUCUGGGUCAGAACUCCAUGAUCUGCGAUGGAUAGAAGAAGAGGUGGUCAGAGGUGGAUACAAAGUUGAUAUAGAAAACAUGACAGAUGAAAUGGGAGUACUUGGUGUAGCAGGUCCAUACGCACGGCAUGUCCUCCAGAAGUUGACAACUGAGGAUCUGAGUGACAGUUCAUUUAAGUUCCUCCAGUCCAGACAUUUGAAACUUUGUGAUAUUGCUGUUACUGCUGUUAGGAUAUCCUACACAGGUGAACUGGGCUGGGAGCUCUAUCACAAAAAAGAAGAUUCUGUAGCUCUUUACAGUGCUAUCAUGGAAGCUGGCCAAAAAGAGCAAAUCGACAACUUUGGAACAUACGCUCUGAAUGCUUUAAGGUUGGAAAAGGGUUUCCGAGCCUGGGGGGCAGAGAUGAACUGUGACACUAAUCCUUUGGAAGCUGGACUGGAAUAUUUUAUAAAGCUAAACAAGCCAGCAGACUUUAUAGGAAAGCAAGCACUGAAGCAGAUUAAAGAAAAGGGGUUGAAACGGCGGCUGGCAUACCUCACCUUGGAAACAGAAAAUGUUGAUCCAGAGGGAAAUGAAAGUGUGUGGCAUAAUGGCAAGGUUAUUGGCAACACCACAUCUGGCUGUUUCAGCUACAGUGCUCAGCAGAGUCUGGCUUUUGCAUAUGUUCCCACAGAACUCAGCAAAGUUGGACAGAAUUUGGAAGUUGAACUUUUAGGAAAAAAUUAUUCAGCAACUGUUAUUCAAGAGCCAUUGGUGCUGACUGAACCGACAAGAACCCACCUUCAGAGAAAGGGUAGAAGUCCCAAAGUGUAAACACAGAUGGUGGAUACAGGAAGUUGUGCAGUAAGAAAUAGUUCCAUUUAUACCCGUGAAAUUAAGAGAAUCAAGCUAUUCAGAUUCAUUAAUCACUAAACGUAAGAUACUCAUUGCUACAUCAGUGAGGAAUUUUAUGGUGGUACCCCCUUGCUUCCUUGUAUGGGCUAUUCACGUCGGAGAUCUGAGCACAGUUAGUGAACUGCUGUGCAUUCCUCCUCCUCAGUAGCGGUUGUGAGCAGGAAGUGGCUGGGAAUGAGUAGAUCCUCCACUCAGCUUGCCCACACACUGUCCAGCAGAUCUGAGUUAAGGCGGAGGAGAAAAUUGCUCUUGGUAUUGGCCAACAGCAAAUUCUUUCCCCUUGAGAUGUGAUUCCUCCCUUGCCUGUCUUUGCGGUGAAUUACUUCUUCUUUGUUCCUUGAUAUCACCAACUUAUCAUUAAAAUAAUAUCACUAGCUCUGCACAAAAAUGCUCUCUAAAGUACUGAAAUAAAUUUCAGCAAUGGUUAAAAAAUAAUACUUAAAAGGAAACUGAACUGCUAACAUUCCUUCCUAAUACGUUAUCCUGGCAGAAAUUCUGACAAAAGAUCAAAAUUUAGUUCUUCCUAAUUAAACAUUUAGAGGAAGCCCAUUCUUCGUAGUCAUUGUUUUAUAUGGAUCUUCUAGUAGAUUACAUGUAAAAUUUUACAAUACACAUGAUGUUAUUGCUCAAUUUCUGGAUAGAACUAAAAAGUACUGCAUGAUGGAGCACUGACUUAGUGGUAUAAAUCUGAAGAUGUAGACACUGAAGAACUGUUGUUCCUUUUCCUGUUAAUUAUAAACUGAACAGCAGUAAGAACCAUAUGUUGUUACACAGAAAUACUGACAAUUAAAAUAUAUAAUUAAAGCCGCAGCAGAGGGUUUUUUCAAUGUUAAAUAGCUGAUAACCUGAAUAAGCAGGAUUGGGAUAAUAAGAGCAACAGGAACACACUAAAUGAUUAAAACACACUUCUGAGUUCCAUAAUGUGCUCAACAAUUCUUUUAAAUCAACAAUGUCACAAUUUCCAACUUACAAAGAAUAAUGCCCAUCAUUAGGCUGCAGAUAAUCUUUUUCUAUGGUCAUAUGAAUAUAAAGAAUGUCCAAAAUGCACUUUCUUCCAAAGGAGUUGGUGCUUCUAAAUCUUCAGCAAAGAAGAAAUGUAUAAAUAGAAUAUGCAGUAGAAACACAGUUUGAAUAAUGAACACCUGUUCUUACUAGAGAAUUAAUGAAAGUUGGAAUUGCAUUCUGCUGUUCUGAAUAUCCUUUACAACACAGGUCAAAAUAAAAUAUAAGAUAUGGCUGGUUUGUACAUACUGCUGUCUUGAGGGAAAAAUCCAUUCAGAAAUUAUUCUCUGUUACUCUUUCGUAAGUGAUUUAGUUCUACUUUGCUGAACCAAUCAGAGAUGUUAUUUUUGCUAAACCUGCAGAAAGGGCAGGUUUUCUGCAGCCUGUGCAGGCAAUAAUGAUGAAUCACAGAUAUAAUUCCAACAUUCAGGUGAGCUCAGAAACUGUAUCCUCUUAUGUACUUGUACCACACUUUCAACUGUAACCUCACAACCACUGGUUUUCUCCUUAUAAGCCAAUGGAGAUGACCUGUCCCUUUUAAAAUAUAAUAUUCAUAGAUAACAGGUGCAUGGGACUGCUAAAGAGUCCUGCCUUUAUUCAGUAAGGCAUUCAAGAAUAUAUUUUAGUUGAGGUAUGUGCACAAGGUUAACAAGCAUGUAAGUGCUUUCUUGUACUCAGGCUCAGAUUCAAUACAUGACCAUGAAAACUCUGGAGUAAGACUAUACGUAGACUGUGAAUACGUAUGAUCUAAAGAGAGAAGGCCCGAAUACUGAUUUCUGACGGGCUUCUCACUGACAGCUACUGUCAUGCAAGUCCAGUCAAGAUUGAGCCUUGGCCAGUUAAUUUUCCUUUCAUUUCCAGAUUUAGGGUAUCAGACAAAAGACAUGGUAAGACAUGGUUUCUGGAAAAAGGUGAUAAGGUUUCUUUACUGCAGCCCAUUUGUAAGACCAAAACAACCUCCUGUGCCUUUCUGAUCAUAAAAAUGACAAAUGGA